AUGUUCGCGGUGAAGGUAUCGGUAACUUUGUUCCUCCUGGGAUUCCUUGAUUCUUCAUUGCAAAAUGAUAGGAUUCCAUGGGUCAGCACAUCCCUGGGAACCAUACAAGGAUACUAUAAGAUCUCUCGGCAAGGCAGAGAAUACGAAGCCUUCGAGGGCAUUCCCUAUGGGCAGCCCCCGGUUGGCGAACUUAGGUUUCAGCCACCACACCCAGCCGAAGAAUGGUCGGGUGUGCUAUCAGCCACGAAGAAGGGCUCUAUCUGCACACAGUAUCUUAUGAGGAGUUUGGCUAUCGAUGGACAAAUUAUCACGGGUGACGAGGAUUGUCUGUAUGUGAACAUUUACGCUCCAAUUAGGAACGGCAAGAACACUCUGUUACCUGUCAUUUUCUGGAUUCAUGGCGGCGCCUACUUGUUCGGCAGUGGAAACGACAUGAACGAGACACUCAUAAUGGACCGUUACUGGCUGUUCAAUCCUUUCUCCGUCUUCGGUCCAGUUGUCGAGAAACAUGGACCUGAUGCCUUCAUCACUCGCUCCCCGAUCGAUGUCAUCAAUAGUGGAGAAGCAUACGAUGUCCCUUGGAUUUCCGGAGUAGUCAGCGAAGAAGGAUUAUACACUUCUGCAGAAUUCGUCGCUAAUAAUACGCUGUUAAAGCAUCUGAACGACAACUGGGACGACAUUGCACCCUAUUUGCUCGAUUUUAACGAUACCAUUCCACUGAAUGAGAAGAAGCAGGUGGCAGAAAAGAUCAGAAAACAUUAUCUGGGAUCUGAACCAAUCGAUAGCAACAGUAUGAUGCCUGUAAUACAUAUGAUGGGUGAUCGAUUAUUCGCGCAUAAUUUCGAGAGGGCUGCGAGAUUGCAAGCCAGAAAAAAUAAGAGCCCAGUGUGGACCUACUUAUACAGUUACAGAUCUAUGUACAGCCUAAGUGACACUCUGAGCGGCACAACAAGGAAUUUUGGAGUGAGUCAUUCCGACGACACAUUCCUCGUGAUCGACACUAGAACCUCUAGUGUGACGCGGCCAAGUGAUGUGCAAAUGCAACAAAUACUGCUCGAUUUUUACACAUCAUACGCUAUAGAUGGUAAACCUCGGGUUGGGAAUGCAGUCUGGCCGUCAUUGAACCCCAACGACAAAGAUUUCCAUUAUCUGCACAUAACAAACCCAAGAACUAUAAAAAUGGAGUCCAACUCUGACUUUGCUCAACGAAGCUUCUGGACCUCGAUAAACUUUGAUGAAAACAAAUAAAUUGAUGAAAGUUGCGAAAAGUGACCAAAGGCAAUCAAACUACGGUUACCUUCUUUCAAACGUUGUUAUGUUGCAUUUAAAUAUGUAAUAAUACUUGCA